AUAAAGAGUGAUGUCAACAGUCAGAGACUGCACUCUAACCACAGAACACUCAAGGGAUUUGAACGUCAGUGGAACACUGAUAUCUUUAAGAAAGAAAGAAUUCCUGAAAUUGCUGAAAAAUGUCUAAGGUAUACAAGAAAACCUCUGGGAAUGGCGCACUUACCCUUUACCUGGGAAAGAGAGACUACGUCGACCAUGUUCAGAAUGUGGACUCCAUCGAGGGAGUGGUGAAAAUUGAUCCUGCAGACCUUGGAGGCAAGAAAGUGUUUGUGCAGCUGGCCUGUGCUUUCCGUUAUGGCCGUGAGGACCUGGAUGUCAUUGGACUGUCCUUCAGGAAAGACAUCUGGUUCAAGCACCUCCAGUUGUACCCUGCUGCUGACCACAAACCCACCCUCACUCCCAUGCAUGACUGCCUGCUCAAGAAGGCAGGAGAGCAGGGCCAUGCCUUCACUUUCGACAUUCCCGUAAACCUUCCCUGCUCUGUCACACUCCAGCCAGGACCAGAUGAUGCUGGAAAGGCUUGCGGUGUGGACUUUGAAGUGAAGACCUACAUUUCAGAUGUGGCAGACCCAGAAGAGAAACUUGACAAGAAAGACACUGCCCGUCUGAUCGUCCGUAAGAUCCAGUUUGCCCCAGAUGCAACUGGUGCUCCUGGUCCCAAGGCUGACAUCUGCAAGAGCUUCAUGAUGUCUGACAAGCCUGUCCACCUGGAGGCCUCUCUGGAUAAGGAGAUCUAUUACCAUGGAGAUCCGAUCAAUGUCAACGUCAAAGUCAAGAAUGAAACCACCAAAACAGUGACAAAAAUUAAAGUCACCGUUGACCAGACUACAGAUGUGGUGCUCUACUCCGCGGACAAAUACACCAAAACCGUACUUUGUCAAGAGUUUGGAGAGACAAUAGAUGCCAAUAGCACAUUUGAUAAAUCCCUCACCAUCACACCCCUACUGGCUGACAACAAGGAGAAGCGCGGUCUGGCACUGGACGGCAGACUGAAGGAUGAGGACACAAACCUAGCCUCCAACACUAUUAUGAGAGACGGUAUGGAUAAAGAAGUGUUGGGAAUCUUGGUCUCCUACAAAAUCAAGGUCAACUUGAUGGUGUCUUCAGGAGGCUUGUUGGGAGGUCUCACAGCCAGUGAUGUACAGGUGGAGCUCCCCUUGAUCCUCAUGAACCCCAAACCCCAAGAUGUAGGUCUCCCGGUGGGAGAGUGAAGAACGCAUGUAACCCUUGAGGCUGAGUACAUUCCAGAAGACGAGGAAUGAGGGACUGCAAAGUUCAAUGGAGCAAAGCUGUUGAUGGCUGUCCAGAUUGAAAGGCUGAUGACCAAAGCAAAGAAGAAACUGGAAUACCUCAUAGGAAGAACCAUCAAUAAAAAAUGUUAACAGCUUUAUAUGAUGUUGAUUUCUCUCAGUGUUGUAUUUUAGUGGUUUUGUCAAUGUGAGCCUGUAGUACCUGUACUGUAAUGUAUGUAGAUAUCCAGCCAUGCGUAUGAGUCAUAUCAUUUCACACAUAGCUUAAUUAACCAUUCACUCUGUACUCCUCACAUAAAACCAAGGGGGUUAAUGAACACAUUCAGUAUAAAGGGGUUUAUUGGUUUGCGGAUAAAACUCCCACCUAAACUACUCCAUCAAACAGGGAGUCCGGUAGUACUCAGUUUAUCAUAUUCAAAGAAUUGUGUUUUUCUGCGGUAUGUAUGCAUGUUUUGGACUGAUAAGUCAUUGAACCAAAUAAAACAACUCAUAUACUUCUAA